UUCUUCCUUGUGUAAAAAAAGUAGAAAAACAUGGAGAACUAGAGUUGCAGAGAGAUAAAUAAAAAAUAAUAAUAAAGAAAUUAGGGUUUUGCAUAAUAAUUGAGUAUCAAAUGCUUCUAGGGAUUCGGACUGUUGAAUUCCAAGAUCUGCAACUGCAAUUUAAUUUCAUUUGAAGAAAAAAACCUAAAAAUAAUAAAUAAUCAGAAAAUCGACUUUGCUUUUCCUAUGUUUUUCGAUUGGCGGAGAGUUGUUUUUUCCCACUACCCCAUUAGGGAAAGUUAGAGAGAGAGAGAGACAGGGAAUAGGAAAAGUUAAGUUGUUGAACCAACUAGGGUUUUCAGUUCUCUUCUUCUUCAAAAAAAGUUGCUUAGAAAGGAAAUUAAUGCUUUGAAUUUGAGAAAUUUGUGGUUGGCAACAUGGUUUUGGAAUCUUUUGGUGAAGUGGCUCCUGGACUGUAAUUUGAGGAUGAGACUUAGGGGGUUUUUGCACUUGAUUAAAGUGCUUCAUAUCAAGGUCUGAGUCUUGCGAGCAAGUAUUGAGAUUCUGCAGCAAUUAUAUAGGUUUUGGAUGGUUUCAGAAAGGAAGUGUAAUUUAUUGCGUGUAACCGAUUGCUUAUGAGAAUUUAGGGGGUUUCAAGGUGUGGGAAAUAAAUUGGGUUAUAAGAAAUUUGUACAAAUUGGUGUUUUUUUUGUUGUGUUAUGAUGGAGUAGGGGAAUUGAAGGUGUUCUGUUGAAAAAUGUCAGAUGAUUCCAACAUGGGUUUUAACCACGACCCAAUUAUGGCAUCUACAUUGAAUCGUCAUGCUAUUUCAUUUCAAUCAGGUGUGGCGCCUAGCACUUCUGGGAUGGCUUCUUUUGGGAAUCAGGUUAACAUGAGUGGGAUGAUUCUUUCUGGAAAUUCCGGUAUGAUGAACAACACUUCUGGGAUGACUCAAGUUGGAAAUUCGUCUGGUGGUUUUCUUCUUGAUUCUGUUCCUGAUCUUAAGAAUGAAGCUGGAGUUUCUGUUGAGUGGUCUUCUGAAGAACAAGCAAGAUUGGAGCACGGCCUUAUCAAAUAUGCUGAUGAGCCAACUAUCAUGAGGUACAUUAAGAUCGCUGCUACUUUACAUGACAAGACUACACGUGAUGUUGCUAUGAGAUGUCGGUGGACAACGAAUGAGAGGAAUGGGAAACGAAGGAAACCAGAUGAACAUCACUUGGGGAGGAAAACAAAAGAUAGGAAGGAUAUGUUAAUGGAGAUUCCAAAGGCAAAUGUUCCAAGAGCUGCACCAGUGAACAUGUCUGCUUACUGUCCUGUGAUUCAGCAGGUGGACCGCAAUGAUCUGAUAUCAUGUGAAGCCUUCAGUGGGACAACACGGCGUCUUUUAGAUGAGAAUGCUGAUGUUUUUAACCAAAUCGUCAAUAACUUCUCGGUAUAUAAGAUGACGGAGAACAUUGAUCUCUUUUGUCGCUCGAGAAACAAUAUAACAACCAUAUUGAGCAACAUGAGAGAUAUGCCUGGAAUAAUGAGCCAGAUGCCGCCAUUGCCUGUAUCAAUCAAUCAGGACCUUGCAAAUAUUGUUCUACCUAUUUCAACUCAGGCAGUGCUUUAUAACUCACCUAGUAGGAAUCAUCUUAUGAAGCAAGAGCCAAGAUGUUGAUGGGGAGAGAGAUAACUUGGAUAAAAAGAUACUGAUAACUAUACGGCUGCGUUAGUACAAAUGAUUUUCUCCUGUAAAUGCAUAAGAAGCAGGUAAAGCGAUCACUGCUAGCUCUAUCUUACUUUACCUACAGAUAUAUUACACUCAGCCCAAUGUUUCAUCAUGUUCCACUAAAUUCCGCCAAAACGAAAACUUGUAAAAAGAUCCAUUUUGGAAUUUGAAACAGUUCAUCGCUAGCUUUUGAAGUCCAAAGCAAACUAGGUCUACCCAGAAGCCUAGUAAUGCCAUCCUGGGAUCCAGGUUGAGCCUCUGUAACCAGAAAUUCUCUUUUUCACCCUUCUCUUAUGUGAGCUUUGAUUGUUGAUUUGGAGCUGUGUAUAAAUUAUGAGACAGGGACAGUCAGAUGAAUCUUUUGUGUUGAAAUUCUUUGCUCCUCUCUUCUUUUUCAUUCUUGUUCCGAAGGCAUUCACAUAUAAAUUAUGAGACA